AACAUUAAUAUUUACCUGGUCAUAGCUACGUCCUUUACUUUCAUUUAGAGUCAUUAUGCUAAUUAGUAAUUUAGAUUUAAAAGUAUUUUUUUACAUAUAAUAAACACAGUGUACCGCAUAUUACAUUAUUUGUCCUCGUUUUGCGGUUAAUGUUAGGUAUGAUUAACUUAUCAUAUACAUAUAAAAUACAGGAAAACUGGACUAGGAAUGAGUUUAUUUUAAACACAUGCAUUUAGUCAAAGCAUUGUUACUGUACUAUGAACAAGUGCUCUAGUUUAAAUAUAUUAAAAGAGUAUUUGAAACUGUUUAAGUAAUAAUUUUACGCGUAAAUAUUGAUACCCCGAAAUGCCUUAGAUGCGAGGCUGUGUGAAAUGUAAAUAAUAUUGUUUUGAAGUUAUCUGUUCAAAUAUUGGAAACAAAAUGCAAGAUUGCAUAUGCCAGAGUGACAAGGAUCCCGAAAGCAACGAAGAUUUCUGUUCAAUUUAUUGCAAAUUACCAAGGUUCGACUGGUACUGGGGCAACGUCACUCGUUCCGAAGUGGAAUAUCUCCUCUUGAAAUACCCAGGCAAUUUCAUAAUUCGAGCAUGUAAUGACAUCGAUCAUAUACUCUGUGUGUCUUUCCGUCUAGACCCUAAUUCUACGAUCAAAGGUACAACCAGCAGCUUUUCCCAUAUGAAAUUAAAGCACUACAAAGGAAAGUUUUCCCUAGAUAAGAAGGAAUAUGUGCCGGUGGAGAAGAUACCAGAACAUUGCGAAAGGGUGGGCAAGGAGACGAGAAUUUUCAAUGCUACUGUCUUAAAGCAAGAUGAGAAUACGGUACUUGAAAUGGCGAAGGCAUUUUGCAAGCAACGACGAGAAUCAUGAAUUUAAAAUUUUAACAAUCAUAGUUUAAUAUUAUACCUCCUAAGUAUACUGAGGCAAGUGCAAAAUUAGGGUUUUGCAGGAGAGCGGUUUAAAGAUACAACGGAACGUUCUUAUUUGUUAAUGUAGUUCCAUUAAAUUUUGAUCAGUUCUUAGAUGUCUGCAUUAAUGGGAAUCUAAAAUUUAUCGUAGGUUAUGAUAUGAGAGUAUAUACUUC